AUGGGCAGCCAGAGCUCCAAGGCUGCCCGGGGAGAUGUGACCGCCGAGGAGGCAGCAGGCGCUUCCCCUACUAAGGUCAACGGACAGGAGAACGGCCACGUGAAAAGCAAUGGAGACUUAUUCCCCAAAGGUGAAGGGGAGUCGCCCCCCGUGAACGGAACAGAGGAGGCAGCCGGGGCCACUGGCGAUGCCGUCGAGCCCUCUAGCCAGGGCGCUGAGGCCAAGGGGGAGGCCCCCCCCAAGGAGACCCCCAAGAAGAAGAAGAAAUUCUCUUUCAAGAAGACUUUCAAGUUGAGUGGCCUGUCCUUCAAGAGAAAUCGGAAGGAGGGUGGGGGUGAUUCGUCUGCCUCCUCACCCACAGAGGAAGAGCAGGAGCAGGGGGAGAUCGGUGCCUGCAGGGAGGAAGGCACUGCCCAGGAAGGGAAGGCUGCCGCCACCCCUGAGAUCCAGGAGCCCCAGGCCAAAGGGGCAGAGGCUAGUGCUGCCUCCAAGGGAGGAGACACAGAAGAGGCAGGGCCCCAGGCCGCAGAGCCAUCCACUCCCUCGGGGCCAGAAAGUGGCCCUACACCAGCAAGAGAGCAGAAUGAGUAGCUGGGUGGGGGCAGGUGGGUGAUCUCUAAGCUGCAAAAACUGUGCUGUCCUUGUGAGGUCACUGCCUGGACCUGGUGCCCUGGCUGCCUUCCUGUGCCCAGAAAGGAAGGGGCUGUUGCCCCCUAGCCACGUUCCCCCUCCUCCUCUCCCUCCU